AUGGAAACCCGAUUGUCCAUCAUCUCCCAGAAAUCUUUGAUUCUGGAAUUUCCGCGUGGAAUCUAUCCCUGGUGGGUCAGUUUCUUGGAGUCUCACCCUGCUUCACUUCCUUGCAAAGAAUUGUUGACAAUGUCUGGAGUAAACCUCUGUUGGGUUCGCGAGUAUAGGUUAGUUCUGCUGGCAACAACCUGUUUAUUUUCUCGUUUGAUAGUGAAUCUGCUAGAGAUUGGGUCAUUGUUAACGGUUCAUGUCUGGGUUCAUCUCUUCAAUACACCCUUAGAACUCUUCACUCGAUUAGGGCUUAGUUACAUUGCUAGUGCCAUUAGAGUUCCACUCUCAAUGGAUACUAUCAUUGCUGCUAAGAUUAGGCUUGAAUUUGUGAACAUUCCAAAGUUCAUUGAAGUAGAGCUUAAAAAUGGCCAAAAAACCUCGAUCAAGGUUGAGAAAAAGAAGGAAGAUUCUACUUCUAAUUCAACAGCAAUCCACAUUGGUGGUGUAGAAGCUUUACAGGAACCAACUACUACUAUUACUAUUGAAUCUGAUGUUAUUAUUCAGAAAGAGGUGGCACAAGUCAUUUCUACUAACCCCUUAGAGCUUACAGUUCCUACUGCUGUUGAAGUAUCUCAGCCUGUGCAUCAAGAGAAUGACAAGGUUGCUGACCUUUCUAUUAAUAUAACUGCUAGUAAUGAAAUUACAACCCUUCAGACUGCUGAAACUCAUAAUUCUAGUAUUUCUGCUAUUUUAGAACAUGCUAAUGAAAAAACUUCUCAACCAGAAACUUCUAUAAGAGGUAGAGGAAGGCCUAAAAAGGAAGUUGAAAAGGGUUCAUUUUCUAGUUCAAGUAACAGAUUUGAAGUGCUCAACUCUGUAGAGGAUUCUCCCUCUAUAGAAGUUCCACCUAGGAAGCCUAGAGCUGCAUCAAAGGGAAAUAUUGUUUUGGUUAAGAACAUUAGAGGAUUUAAUAGUCCUCUAAAGAAAAAUAAAGUGAUCCUUAGAGCCUUACAAAAGAAAGUGGAUGUUCUUUGUCUUUUGGAGACCAGAGUUAAACUGGAAAAAUCAGAGGCUAUACUAAAAUCUAAACUCUUUAAUUGGAAUAUUUGCACAAAUUAUGAUCAUGCCAUUAAUGGCAGAAUUUGGAUGCUAUGGAGGAAGGGAAUUGAUAUUUCCAUAAUUCAAGCUUCAGAUCACUGUAUCACUGCUAAAGGUACUGCUUUUGGAGGAGACUUUAAUAUUUUCCUACAUUUUCAAGAAAGCUCUGAUCACGAGCUGUUAGGCCCUUACACUUCUCCUGAUAUGAGUGAUUUUCAAGAGUUUACCCAUGAGCUUAACCUCCUUGAUCACCUUUAUUUUGGGCCUAAGUUCAGUUGGAGAAACAAGCAACAUGAUCUUUUUCUCGCCAAAAAACUUGAUAGGAUCCUGAUAAAUCCUACUUGGGACUCUUUCUUUCAACAUUCAUUUGUGGAAUUUCUAGCUCCAGGUGUUUCUGAGCACAAUGCUCAAGGCAAUCCCAUGAUGAUUUUAUUCUCAAAACUCAAAAGACUCAAAGUUUGCCUAAAGAAAUUCAACAAAGACAACUUCAACAAUCUUUCGGAUCGUGUGAAAUUAAAGAUAAUUGUGCUGGAAAAUCAACAACUCCUCACGCUCAAAGGUGAGGAUACCAUUGUGAAAGAACUUGAAAUUCAAGAACAUAUGAAGACCCUUGAAGAAGCAGAAUCUUUGUUCCUCAAGCAAAAGGCAAAAGUUCAAUGGAUAAAAGAUGGAGACAAAAACUAUAAAUUUUUUCAUUCUAUAGUAGCCUUUAAAAACAAGAGGGAUACUAUAAGAGUCAUUCUUGAUGAUAGAGAUAAUAGGCUUGAAACUUUUGAUGCCAUGGCUAAUGAAGUGACUACUUUUUACUAUAAGUUACUUGAUACUGUUGAUCCUUUGGUCAAGGAUAUGAACCCUUCCAUUCUUCAAGACCUCCUUAAUUUUUCUUUUCCUCUUAAAGCUUCUCCCUCUCUAGUUAAGGAGGUCUCAGCUGAAGAAAUUCAAAAAGCCUUAUUCAGUCAAGAUAAUGAAAAAGCCCCAGGACCGAAUGAAUUCUCUCAUUUCUUCUUCAAGAAAUACUGGUCAAUAGUGGGAGAAGAUGUCUCCAAUGAUGUCAAUUAUUUUUUCUGCAAUAGCUAUAUCCAUCCAACCUUCAACUCCACAACUAUCACCCUUGUUCCCAAAGUCCCUAAUCCUUGCACUGUUAAAGAUUUUAGGCCAAGUUCCUGUUGUUCAGUCAUCUACAAGAUUAUUUCUAUAAUCAUUGUUACUAGGUUGAUAGAAUUUCUGCCUGGGAUUAUCUCUUUAAACCGGACUAGUUUUAUCCGAGGUCGUGAUAUCAUUGAUAAUGUUCUCCUUGCUCAGGAGAUGGUAAAAGGGUAUGGUAGGAAAUCCAUCUCUCCAAGAUGCUCAAUGAAGAUUGAUCUUCAUAAGACUUUCGACUCUUUGCAUUGGAGAUUCUUAUUAGCAAUCCUUAAAGCCCUCCAUCUUCCUCAAAAAUUUAUUGCUUGGAUUGAAAUCUGUUUUUCUCAAGCUAGGUACUCUAUUGCUUUCAAUGAUACCUUAAUAGGCUAUUUCAAAGGGCCAGAGGUUUAA